GACUCAUAAUCAGUAGUACUAAUCACGACGCUCCCUUCGCCGCCGGCGAUUCACCAACGAUGGACGAAUCUUGGCGAAUGAGGAUCGGAAUGUCGUCUCCGCCACCCGCUCUCCACCGACCAAACCACCAUCUCCGGCGACCCUCCGCCUCCCACCGCCGGGAGCCUACCUCCGACCCUGAAGACUUCAGCGACGUCUUCGGUGGGCCCCCUCGGACGAUCCUCUCCCGCCAGUACUCCUCCGGCUUCCCGCGAUCUUCCACCUCCUCCUCGACCUACUUCUACGAGGAGAUUUUCCGGCAACCGGAGAAGGCGCCUCCUGCGGGGAAGAGCGGAAGGAGCUUGCCGGAGUUCAGGAUCCCCGGCCAUCAGAAACGAGAGAAAAACGGUUUCUACAGCGAUAUUUUUGGGUGGGAUGAUGAGAGGGUGGUGAGGUCUCGAUCGAGAUCGAAAACGAGCUCUUCGUCGGCGCUCAGCUCGGAGGAGCUCAGCCCUCUCCGGCCGGCCUUCUUCGCUGACGGCGGCGGCGAUGACGUGUCCUCUUUCGCCUCGAAACUUAGGCCGAUUAAUGUGAGGAGCAGGUGGAAUUCAACGAGAAUGGGGAACGAAGAUCAGAAAAGCAUGGUGCCGCCAUUUGCAGGCAGUCAUCACUGCCACAAUGGUGAAAGCCAUUGCUCAGACAAUUUGAGGAGCUACAAUUUCGGAUUAGGUCGAAGAAACGCCUCUCCAGAGACGAUCAGCCUUGAGCCGAUUUCCAAUAGCAGCUUCAGAGUGUCAGCAGAUGACAUGGAGCUCAACAACUCACCAUCAUCUGCAGUUUCGUCGGUCUGCCACUCGGUAUGGCGUGAGGCUGAGGUGGAGGGCGAGGUUUUGAGACCGGACGAGGUGGAGCAGGAGGAGGAGGAUGAGGUCAUGAGCUCCUAUGUGAUUGAGAUCAACUCCGAGAACAGGGAAGGGACUUGUGAAUCCAACGGUGUUGAUGAGGCCAUAGCAUGGGCGAAGGAGAAGUCUCAAACAAAUUAUUCGGAGUGUGAGGCAGAUAAAACCACACAAGAUUUUUUGAGUGGACAGCAGGUUUCCGAGGGACAUACAGACAGUUUCGGAUCAUUGGAUAAGCAGCAGGUCAAGUGGGAAAUAGUAGAAGAAGAAGAAGAAGAACAACUCGAAUGCACGGUACAAACAGAAAUGGAUAUUCUGGAUGAGAAGAUCAGACUAUGGUCAAGUGGCAAGGAUGCUGACAUUCGACUUCUGCUUUCUUCAUUGCAUCAUAUCUUAUGGCCAAACAGUGGCUGGUUACCGGUGCCCUUAGCAAGCAUAAUCGAAUCCUCCCAAGUGAAGAAAUCGUAUCAAAAGGCGCGGCUGUGCCUGCACCCGGACAAGCUCCAACAAAGAGGCGCAACGCCCCAACAGAAGUGCGUUGCGGAUAAAGCCUUUUCGAUUCUUCAGGAUGCUUGGGCUUCAUUCAUCUCUAUGGAUGUGUUUUAAACAAUCGAAUACCAGUUUCGAAAUAUCAACGGGUCCAUCGGUUUUGAUAUAUCAAGGGGUCAUGGACGAGAGUAGAAAGAUGCAAACUAUGUAUGCAGGAAGGCUGAGUAGAUAUGUGAAGAGUGUGUUUUGACUCGGUGUGUUGUUUUUAGUAAAUGAAAGUAAUAAUGUUAGCAAAUUCA